UCAGUUGGUCUAGAUGUACCAUGAGUGUCACCCACCUGUGUAAUGAACAGGAUCCAGAUGACCUGGUGGAAUCACCCCACCAGAAGGAGCUGACACUGUUACAGUCUGCAAACUAUGGAUAUAGUCACAACCCCAGUCCCCCAACUACUUCUGUAUCUCAAAGACCUCUCAAGUCCUGGAAGUCUCGCAGUCCUGAGAGUGACAAAGACUACAAGAAGACAGCAUGUGCCAGAGAGAGAUCUCGUAUGAGGGACAUGAACAGAGCGUACGAGGCACUCCGCAGUAUCCUGUCGCUCUAUAAACCACCAGGCAAGAAACUUUCCAAAAUUGAAACCUUAAGGAUGGCUAUAAGACGUAUCUAUCAUCUCAAGUCCUGUCUGGAGGAUGAUGUCAAGGUGGAGUCCUCUGACCCAGAAAUGUUGGAGUACCCCUCCACCUCCUGGACGGUUCCAUACUUAAGUCACUCCUACAUCAACUACUCCUUGGAGGCCCCCUCCUACCCUGCUUUCAAGCGGACUCGGUUCAACUAAUAUGUGUUCUAUUUGAGUAAACAGUGUUCAUAACCAAAGGAAUGUUUAGUUCUUUCAACUUAUUGAGAACUGAAAAUAAUUAGAUGUUUUCAACUACAUUUUAGGUCUAUACUUGGUCUGUAAAACAAAGUUAUUCCUAGAAUUCCAAAGUGUUUUAUUAAAAGCUUUGUACAAUUUUACAAACAUUUUCUGAAUAAAUCUAUAACCAGUUUGGUAAGCACAAUUUUAUACUCAGUAUGAUUAUACAGUACACGGAAGUCAUAAAGCUAACCAUUAUUAUACUAUAAUAACAUCCUUUUGGUCAACUUUGGUAAAUAUAACAUAUAUAUAUAUAUAUAUUUAUUUAUAUAAAACCACCAAAAAGUUAAGUAAGUUAAGUAUCUACGUUUUGUUAAGAAACCACUUUAAUUUUAGUAUUACUUUUAGUUACAAAUGUGUAAAUUUUUAUGAAGCAUGUAUGAAGUGUAAUAAACCUUGUUUAUUAAACAUUUGUGCCAAUAAAGAAUGUAAAAACGUGUAA